AUUCUGCUGUCUAAAGACUGUAGCUGCUUUUUCUUUGGCGUUUACAGCUUCAGCAAUCUAUUAAACGCUGCUAUCUCCUCUCUUGUGUGCAUACAUUCUCAGCAAUCUGUUUUACCCAAAUCAUAUCUUGUUCGAAUUUCAUUUACCAGCUUCCCUCUUUCAUACGCUCAGUAAUAGAAAAAUGGGCAACACUUCCUGCUGCUGCUCAUCCUCUGCCCCCCAACAGGAUUAUCAAGAUGUUAUCGAGAAACUGAUCAAAGUGGAAGAGAUGAGCCACAUCGAUGAAUUGAUUUCUUACAUCGAUGACCUCUUGAAUACCAUCGACCAGGGAAGCGUUAAUUCAAUUGCCCUUCUUUCCAAGACGAAUCGAGUCACCUCUUCUAUCACUUCUGGUGCUACUUUAUUGGAGAAGAUAUUGCACAGAUCUAACAGACAUAUAUGCAAGAGGGACACCAUGCCAAUGCUUAACCGUGAAACUCGGAAAUUGGUGAUUGAUAUAACAAAAGAAGCAGCGCAAAUUCAGUGGGUGGGAAUAGCGCUUUCAGUUGUAGGUUUCGUGUUGGAACACAUUGAGCAAGUUUCUUCCAACAGAGACGAAUGUAUAGUGCUCUUGAAAUACAUGUGUAAUCUUGCAAAAUACAUCAAGCGAUUGGAUGAUCAUUUGCCUGAGGAGAAGCUGAAGCGGGUUAUUCGAUUCGUUGUGGAAGGCUCACUCCUGUGCAUAUCGCAAAUGCAAUCUCAUGCGCUCUACAAAUUUUUCGCUGCUCCGGUUGCGGGUGAAGAUUUGCGGAGAUUGCAAGCACAACUUGCCCAGGAGUACUCAGAUCUCUCACUGGAAGCGAUAAUCACUGUGUUGAAUAGGAGUGCAGAAGUGUUGAAUAGGACGGAAGAAGUUUUGAGUAGGAUUCCAGUUCAGUUACCUCUCUCCCAAGGAAUAUCUCCUCGAGCAGUGGGUAUUGAGGAAUCCAGAACUCAAGUGACUAAACUUCUAGACAUGGAAAACAAAUCUGUUAAGGUGGUGGUCAUUUAUGGACAAGGUGGGAUAGGGAAGACAACUUUAGCUAGUGCCGUCUUCAGUAAUCUUGACCUAAAAAACUACAAACAUUGUAGAGUUGAUAUGGAACAGAAUUGUUCAGAGGCUGAUCUUAAAUCGGCCCAACAACAAAUUUUAGAUGACCUUUACGACCAGAAAAUUCAGUUGAGAAGUUUGAGUGAAGGUCGGGAAGUGUUAUCCAAGGACUUUAAAGAACACUCUUCUAAACCUGUUUUCAUUUUUGUUGACAACGCACUAAAGCAAAGUGACUUGGAAAAGCUUCUUCCCAUAACUGACUUGGCAUCCCUUCCACCACAGAGCAGAAUUCUCUUAACCACCAGAAAUCUAAAUGAGACUCGUAUAAUUUUGGAAGGAAGAGUUGAACGCUGUCCUUAUCUGGUAGCUUCUCUUCCACAAGAAGAGGCACAUAAAUUCUUGUGCAAGUUGGCUUUAGGUUAUGACCAGGCAAGUUUUGACUCAAUUGUAGAUAUUAAUGGCCUCCUCCAAAUAUGCCAGGGAAUUCCAUUGGUACUAAAAAUGGCGGGAGCCAGAUUGUAUGAACAUGCUCAAAGCAUGCCAGAUUGUAGAAAUGUAGUUGAAAGUCUCAAGUCAGAGCUCCUACAAGGAGAGGAGGAUGACUUAAGUGAGCGUAUGGUGGAUUUUGUAUACAAUCGUUUGAAAGCCUCGUGUAAAGAGGCAUUUCUUGACAUUGUGUUCUUCUUUUGUAAUUGGAGGCGGCGGAGGGUGGCGUGUAGUGUUGGAGAGACAGAGCUUGAAGAGCUUGAAAGGGCUGCACUUGUAAAUAUAAGCGAUGAAGGCAGGGUGAAUGUACAUGAUAUAGUGAAAGCGCGAGGGAGAAUGCUGUCAGGAGAUUGGGAGAGAAUCACGGACCAACAAUCUCUCAAUGAUGUUCUCCAAGAUAAAGAGAGGAUAAAGAGAACGAAGGGGAUUGUUCUAGUGGAUGAAGCAUUCGAGCUGGAAGCAGAUCAUCUCAACUUGAUGAAGAGAUGUUUAAGAGUUUUGAUCUUGACAGGAAGAACUAGAAUAGUGAAUGGAGAAUGUAGAGGAGUCUUUGACAAUCUAAGGUUGGUCAGCCUCGACAACUAUAAUAAUUACUCACGGAUGGAUGUCAGUAAUCAUCCGAGAUUAGCAGCAUUCAUUUUGAAAUACGACGGAGACUCCAACUUUCCUGAGUUCACAGGCACCAUCCCAUCUUCAUUGAGAUAUAUGUGUAUUAAAGAUGCUCCGUUGGUUAAUCUAACCACCACCCUUUCCCAAAUUAAAUCUUUGCAUUCUCUGACAUUGCGGGGCUGUAGAGGGUUGGAUAGCUUGCCUAAAACCAUUGACAACAUACUUAUUUUAGAAAAGUUGAGUUUAAAGUUUUGUGAUAGUUUGGUGAACCUUCCAUAUAAUUUUGGAAAAAUAUCUUGUUUGAACAAGUUGAGUUUAAGCUCUUGUUCCAGCUUGGUGAGCCUUCCAGACAGUGUGGGCAAUUUAUCCUCUCUGAACAGCUUGGAUUUAAGCUCUUGUUUCAGCUUGGUGAGCCUUCCAGACUGUGUGGGCAAUUUAUCCUCUCUGAACAGCUUGGAUUUAAGGUAUUGUUCCAGCUUGGUGAGCCUUCCAGACAGUGUGGGCAAUUUAUCCUCUCUGGACAGCUUGGAUUUAUGGUCUUGUUCCAGCUUGGUGAGCCUUCCAGACAGUGUGGGCAAUUUAUCCUCUCUGGACAGCUUGGAUUUAAGGUGUUGUUCCAGCUUGGUAAGCCUUCCAGACAGUGUGGGCAAUUUAUCCUCUCUGAACAGCUUGGAUUUAAGCUCUUGUUCCAGCUUGGUGAGCCUUCCAGACACUGUGGGCAAUUUAUCCUCUCUGCACAGCUUGGAUUUAUGCUCUUGUUCCAGCUUGGUGAGCCUUCCAGACAGUGUGGGCAAUUUAUCCUCUCUGCACAGCUUGGAUUUAAGCUCUUGUUCCAGCUUGGUGAGCCUUCCAGACAGUGUGGGCAAUUUAUCCUCUCUGGACAGGUUGUAUUUAUGGUCUUGUUCCAGCUUGGUGAGCCUUCCAGACAGUGUGGGCAAUUUAUCCUCUCUGGACAGCUUGGAUUUAAGCUCUUGUUCCAGCUUGGUGAGCCUUCCAGACAGUGUGGGCAAUUUAUCCUCUCUGGACAGGUUGGAUUUAAGCUCUUGUUCCAGCUUGGUGAGCCUUCCAGACAGUGUGGGCAAUUUAUCCUCUCUGGACAGGUUGUAUUUAAGCUCUUGUUCCAGCUUGGUGAGCCUUCCAGACAGUGUGGGCAAUUUAUCCUCUCUGGAAAGGUUGGUUUUAAGCUCUUGUUCCAGCUUGGUGAGCCUUCCAGACAGUGUGGGCAAUUUAUCCUCUCUGGACAGGUUGGGUUUAAGCUCUUGUUCCAGCUUGGUGAGCCUUCCAGACAGUGUGGGCAAUUUAUCCUCUCUGGACAGCUUGGAUUUAAGGUCUUGUUCCAGUUUGGUGAGCCUUCCAGACAGUGUGGCCAAUUUAUAUGGUCUGGUAGAUGUAUAUUUAAUCAGAUGUACACAGCUCUCUUUGUUGCCAGAAAGCUUCGAAAACCUCGCUUCUCUGGAGCGCUUGGUGUUGGAAGAUUGCGAGAAGCUGUCAUAUCUACCUCAAAAUUUUGGUCAGCUGAAGUGCUUAAAAUAUGUGAGCAUACAUGGAUGCAUUGCAUUACAGAGCCUCUCUGAUGAUUUUGAAUGUCUGAGUUCACUAAUUGUUGUCAAGGCUUCAGAAUGUCCUCAACUGGAGGAAAAUACAAUGGACAAGUUAGCCAAGAUGAAGGGAUUGAUGAUUGUUGAUAUAGAUGGAAGCCCUACGUUGAAAAAGCGAUGGCAAAAAGUGAAGGAGCAAUACUCUUUAGCAGUAGUGGAGUGCGGAAGAAAGGAAUUCGAGGAUGAAAUGUACCCACAUGCGGAUGUAAUGUGUAGAGCAUUUUUCCACAGUGAAUCAAGAUUCGUGUAUGUUGAUGAGAAUGGGCAGCUCGUGGAAUCGCCCAGUCCGGCGGGUGGGGUAAAGCUGUGGUUCCUGUUAAAGGAGAUGGAUGUGAGAUCAUCAUCAUCAUCAUCGUCAAACAGCAGUUGUUGGGAAGCAGUGAAGAAGAAAUGGGAGGAGGUGGUGGCUUCGGAGGGGGGACAAAUGAUUUAUGUGGAUAUGGAAAGAGAAAGACGUGUUCAGCAAGCUCUCCCCCAUUUACCCAGAAACACUCGUGCCUGGAUUGCUCCUGACAAUAGGGCAAGGUUAUCCUUUGCCUAUUCCGUGCGGCAUUAUUACAAGAGACAUGUCCAAAAGCGGCACGUGGAGGCCAAAUUGGGGGUUGGUAAUUGUGUUGUGAGCACAUCAGCGUGUGUGGAUGAAGAGGGAAGGCGGAAGCUUGAUGACCUCAUCUUCAUACUCCCCGACGUCAGUACACCUCCUUUUGCAGAAACUGAGCAUGAAGACAUUUCUGAUGAGUUACUCUCCCCUUUUGAGGAAGCAAGGAGGUUUCUGUUGGACAUUUAUUAUUAAACUUGUAUGGUAUUGAUCUGCUGGCAUUUUGUACCCGGCUUUCUGGCAGGCCAUUUUGUGUCAAAUUAUUCAUCUCCCUUCUUUACAAAGUCUUGGAUUUUAUAUGAGAAGAACAAAUAACCUUUCCUCUCCUAAUUUUCAUAUUGAAGAAGCCCUCGUAUGGAAUUGUAUUGAGCAUUUC